AUGGACUCCGACUGGGAAUCGACCUUCGAAAUUGUUUCGGAAUCUGACGAAAUUCGGAAGAGAGUAAAUGUAGAGAAAGAAGAAGAGGCAACUGUGAACGUGAAGGAUAUUAAUGAUGAGGUAACGAAGGAGUCAUCAGAUAACAUAAAAACCAUAAGAAGAAAAACUAAAAACGAGAGAGUUUUAUGUGAGAUUGCGGCAAUUACCUGUUUCUUUGGCACCUUAAUAAUCGUCUGGCUUACAGAUAUAAUCGGUUUGAGCAUGACAGAAGAUUUUCUCAGAGAUCAACCAAAUAUAGCGAAGGAAAUGAUGAUUAAGACUGAAGCUGAUAAAGUUUUACAAUCGAGAGUGGCGGAAUUUGCUGUUAAAUUGAAAAUGGGUGGAAGAAAUAACCGGAAGCCCAGAGAAAGUCAAGAGGAUACUCUAUUUUAUCUUCUAUCUGAAAAAGAACCGAUUGAACUGGCUUUUCGUAGAAAAUGGAUGGCUGAUCCUUCAUUUUUUGAAGGUGUUGAUGAAUUUGUUUAUGGAAUGGAUUGGGAGAACACAUUCGAAGAAGACCUUUUUGUUCGUGGAGUCCCAAACUUCGAUCAUCAAUUUGAAUUGGAAGAGAUGACUUUGAAGACAACUCUCCUUAAUCAGAACUACGAUCAGAAGUUCUUCAAUUUCGGAAGAAAAGAAAUGAUUGAUAAAACUUAUUCUGUUGAAUAUUUUGUUUCUCAAAGAACUUUGGUCAAAUUGGAGAAGAAGAAUGGAGUCGAAGUAUCCAGAACCGAGUAUUUUCUGAAACUUGGUGAUCUGUAUGUAUACGAUAAACGCGGAAACUUGGAAUGCACUCGUGUUUAUUAUGCUCCUACUAUCGGAAAAGAACUAAUGAAUAAAGUAGAAAAACAAUAA